CUUGUUCACAUUCUUUGUACUGUGUUGCAUUCUGAGCCUGGAGGUCGUGAAUUUCCGUAUUCCUGGUUGACAGAUCCACACCCGACGGCCAGACAUCACAAUAGCUUGCAGAUCCUGUUACAAGUCAAACACAAAUGAAUACAGCUAGCAGCCUGAAAGAGUACUCCAUGGCUGCCAGGAUCUGAAACGUGCUGAGGGAUAUUGGAAACUGUCACCAGUCCAUGUCGACCGCCGAGGAGAGAGCCAAUGAUAAGCUGGCAGCAGACACAUCUUUUCUGGAGUGUCACAAGCUCUUAAAAUCUAUGGAAGAUUCUACCAUACAACUAACCCAUGAUCCACAAACCCCCACUCCAAAUGGACAUGCAGAAGAGAGAGAUAAAGAGGGUGGUGGUGCCAAAACUUUAAAGAUCGUGUCCAAAUCUGUGAAUAAUGUAGAUUUGGUAAACAGCAAUGACGUGACUACAGAGACUGCGAAUCACAGUUCUGAUGGACCCCAGUCUGAAGUGGAGGCCAAAAUUGUCCCAGCCAUAAAUGGUUUUGUGACAGAAAAUCAUGAGAGUGGUACACCGUCAAAGGACCAUGGUAUAACAUCAAGUCAGAAUGGUGAUUCUAAGGACAAUGGAGAAGGGAGUAGACCCCAUCAGGGUAGCAACAGCAAUCAUUCUGUACACCCUGAGAAACCUGAACAAACAAAGAACUUGAAGGAAGGGGUAGAUGCUUUGGAUCAAGUGAAUACCACGACCAAGCAGAGCUCAUCUAACCCAUCCUCGGCCAAUAAGCAGAUGAGCCCCUCAGCCGAGAAGCCUGACCCAUCCUUAGCAGUUAAGAAUGACCCAUCUUCGGCAGAUAAGAAAACUCCGUCCUCCUCGGCAGAUAUACAUAACCUAUCCUGUGCUGAUAAGAACCCAUCGUCUGCAUAUAAGCAGUACGAGUCCUUGGCAGAUAAGGAGAAUCAAUCAUGGCCAAAUAAGCCGGACCCUUCCUCAGCAGAUGAUCCUGACCCAUCCUGGACAGAUAAGCAGAACAGAUCCCCUGCAGAUAAGCUUGACCCAUCCUUGGCAGACAAGCUGGACUCAUCUCCUGCAGAUAAGCUCGACCCAUCUUCUGAAGAUAAGCCUGACAAAGACAAAGUUUCUGCUGAUCUGCUGGAACCCAUGGACGUGGGUGAGGACCUCAAAAGCAACUUAAAAGGUGAAAAAACUGAAAAGUCAGAAGGUAGACCCCAACACGAAGUUAGUGUUAAUGUGGUGUCAAUCUGUAAUGAUGACAUUCAAUCAAGGCCAAAUUUGGCGGAGGCACUUGUAUCAGUAGGAGGCCUCAAAUCUGCAGUCCAAACUGUGGCAGUGACCAGUCCAAAACCUAUUGCUCCAAAACCAGUCCCCAUUCCAGGUGUAGCUGCAAAGUCCUCACCUGUGAACACAUCGGCUCCCGUUGUAACCCCAGCUCCUCCUAUACAGCAGCAACCUGGAGGCUCCUUUAACGCUACCCAGAAACCAUACGUGUCACAACCUGUCCAGAAUAAGGGAGGUAAGGGCAAGAAGGCAGCAAAAAAUUCUGCUUCAGCUGCAGCCUCGGCUCCUAAAAUUCCCAAGGAACUUGGACCCACUGCUUCUUUUCUAUGUGACCUGGGAAUGGACUUGGUCAAGGAAGGUGUUUAUAAGGACUUGAUAUCCAUUCAGUCCCGCAAACUUAAAGCUGACAAAUUGAGCGAGUCAGAAGUCAAACAGCUGGAAAAGCUGAAAGAAAAUUAUGAAAGCGUGUCCCAGAAAAAUAGGGAAGUGAAAGUGGACUACACAAUGAAGUGUGAUAAGUGUAAGUUUGUUACAGAGUCCAAGAACGUUAUGUGGCUGCAUCAUGAGUACCCACACACGGACAGCCGAGAAAAUAUGUACUGUUCACACUGUAGCUUUGCUACACGUAUUCCAGUUGCAUUUAACUUUCAUAUGGAGUCAGAACAUCAAAUGCGUGGAAGAAUCAUUCCCAAGCCUGCCUUCUGGCAUUGUAGUUUGUGCCAGUUUGAAACAAAUUCUAAAGGUGUGCUCACCAAACAUAGACUGAAAUGUGAAAAAAAUUUCAAUGACAAAUUGAAUUUGUGCCCGACAUCAUCCCACGUGAAUUAUUGUUUGGCUUACAACUUUUACAAAACACCAAAGCCGGCACCACCUCCACCAGAGCCUAUAGUGAAGGCCCCCAUUCAGUCAAAGCCUCUCAUUCGUCCACCAGUUGGCAGAAUUCCUGUCCAGCCUGUCAGAGGUCCAUCAUUUGUUCCACAGACACGACCUGUUUUACGGCAGCGAACCCCACAGCCGCCUGUACGGAUGAUCAUACAACAGCAACCACAACAACACAUGAUAAUACCAAGACCUUUAAGUCAGCAGUAUGCCUAUGCCCCUAGACAGUCUGCGACAGCGCCCCUGACUGUCCGGCAGAUGCUAAACACCACACAAGGCCCAUCUCAACCCCAGAUCCAGGUAAAGAACAUUCCUCGUCAAACUGCUCCAGUUCGCCAGCCACAGCCUGACCUGGGCCUUGUUUCAUGUGAAAUUUGUAAAGGCUAUGUGAAGGACAAAGAUGCUCUGAGAGUGCAUUUCUUUUUUGCCCAUCAAAUUGAUCUGUCCGCCUCCUUGCUAAAGCGUGCACAGCCACCUCUGUUCUGUGAUGUCUGUUUUGAGCGGUUUUGGACAAGCCAAGGCCUCCAGAAACACAAAGAGACUUUAAAACAUUUUUACAAAUUUCAAAGUCCACCUACGCAGCAAUCGGGACUGCAUAUCUGUAUCAUCUGUGGGAUUCGUGUCACUCACCUGCUGAAUCACAUGAGCUCCACCCAUAACCUCUCUCUCAAGGACUUCCUCAUCGCCAAGCGCUGUAUAGUGUGUGGGGGAAGCUUCCAGAACCGACCUAGCCUGGAGAUUCACUUGGCCUCUAGCCAUGGUAUCCUUGUGAAGACAACCCCAAACCCUAACACUAACCCUAACCCUGUCCAAAUGAAUGCUACACACAGACCUACCCUUGGCCGGCCACCCAGCACGGCCGUUGGACGAGUCAUGCCCGUUGCUGCCCUCAAGCCUGCCAGUGCUACCACCUGUCUUAUCUGUAACAUAUCCUUCCUCAAUAAUGACCUGCUCACCAGGCAUUGUCAGCAUUGUCAUGCUAGCUGUGUUGGCUGUGGCAUGAUUUUUGUUGAUGUCGCUGCGCGCAAUAGACAUCCAUGCUCUAAUAAAAAUACCAAUUUGAAUCAGAUUUUGGCAUGUCAUGUCUGUAAGAGUAGAGUUCAUAGCAGAAAUAUGAAAUCUCAUGUUUUGAAGUAUCAUGCUAAAACAUGCUGGGUUAAACUGAAGCGUAGAAGUGAUUUAGAUGAAAUGGCUCGAGACUGUGCAAAGCGUCCUCGCUUGGGAGCAGGAUCGGAGGUUAUUGUUCUCAAGGAAGACAGACAUGCGUCUCCAGGUAACAAUGAAUGUCAAGACAGUAAGGAGAAACAAAACCAUAGUAUGAAAGAUGUGAAAGCAGUAGAUAAAAACUCUAGCCCCUGUGAUUUGAAACCGGGGAAUGAUAUCUCUAGUCGCAAAGAUGGUAAAUUACAAGAUGAUAGAUCUGGCCCCUGUGACAAAGACAGUGGAGAUGGUGUCCAGCCAACAUUGAUCGACAAGGAGAAAGGACCAAGUGCAAUUUCAGAAAAACAAGGUGGCAUCCAGGCGAGUGAUGGCGCGCCUACGGAUGACAAGGAAGUCUGUAAAGUCAAGUAUAGUGAUACAACUUCCAAUUCAGACAAAACUGAUACUGUUAAGACAGUGUCUAAGCUGACUGAGCAAGAACCCUCUGUAGUGAUACCAAUGGAAACUGAAGACACUGGGUAACCCAUGAACACCCAGCUUUAAAAAGCUUCAAGACAAGUUCUGUAGACAAUGCUUGUGUACAAGCCAGAUAAGUUCACUGAAUGUCCAAGGUGUUGAUGUGACCAACAACUUUGACCAGAUUAUAAGGGAAAGUUCAGUUUUAGAUCCAGAUGUCUCUUCACUUAUCGCCAUAUUAAUAUGCAUUAGUAUUGUCAGAUCAAGCGCGUGUUACAUCUGUUACAGUUUUGUUAAUGUGUCCUAAGCAUCACUGUGGUCCACGAUGGGCUUGUAAAGUUAAUUUCUUCUUUGACUUGAUUUACAGCCUGUAUUACUCUUGAAUUUAAGGAUAAUCCAUUGCAAAAAAGUAUUUUGUUUCCCCUUUGAAGGUGUGGUUAAGUACAAAUUUUCUGAAUGUGUCAAAUCAUAUACAUGUACUCGUAAUUCACAUUUUGAACAUGCUUCCUUCAAAAAUGCAUUGGCAGCAUCUGUCAUUUAAAAGUUCUUAGAACCAAAAAUUCUCAUACCAAAAUUUAGAAAGAGAUAUGCAGAUGAUUUAACAGAGCAGAAUGAUUCAGUCUCUCACAAGUGCUGUCUCUGAGUCCAGCUUAAACUGGCUUCCUCUCUGACUUGGUAUGUUUGGCAAUCGUGUUAAUGUGAAGAAAAAGCUUAAAUGUCAAAGUUGUUCUGUCAUCUUGAUAUUUCAGGCAGUUUCCAAAUAUUGAUUCCUCUGGUUCCUUGAUAUUGGUUUUUAAAUUGGAGCAGGGUACAGUACGCGUCUGAAAAGACAUCCAUGGCAUGCAGAAUUAAUGUGAAACUGACCUGUAGUAAUUUUCAGUAUGUUCAUUAUGCUUUUUCUAUCUCUUGCUAAAAUCUCUGUGGGUGUUACCAGGAUUAAGAGAUUGCCUCUUAAAUUAAACGAUUGUAUGCUGCUUUUUGUAAAACACACUGUCCAAAAUGACCUUCCAGUUUCCAGUAUUUAUGUACAAAGUGUACAUUUCUGUUUGACAUUGAUCUGGUCAACAGGACCACCGAAAGUGGCUAAAUUCUGAAACAAUGUUUAGAUAGAUACAUAGAGAAUGGGAUAUGAAAAAUCAGUGAUCAUCACUUUACUGCCUUUUUGUAGUAGAGUGCUAUCACUGUCAUUGCUUUCAUACAUGGGACAGUAUUGUUGCACUGAGUGACUUUGUGUAUGAAAUGUGUGUAAAUAUUGAAAUCAAAGGAAACUUGGCUUUUUCUGUGUUUAGUACAACACAUUGUAUCAUUGAUUUUUCCAAUAGUGUGGAUGUAGUGAAAGAUACUAACUUAAUGACUGCAAGUCAGUACCUGAAAAUUAAGGAACCUUCCCAUUUUCAUCAUGAUUAAGCUACCAGAAAUUGUAAAAGUGUCUUUGUACACCUUCAAGCCCAACUUUCUCUUUACAUUGUUGGAUACUUUUUAUUGUCUGUACCCAACAGUGUUGUUCUGAGUAGUCAUGUGUGUGAUGAAUACUGGAAUUGUGGUUAAACCAUUUCUGGCACUGAGAAAUUUGUUCAGUUUUAUCUGGAAUAACUGACUUAAGAGGUAAUGUUGUAUAAUAUCUUAUAAAAUCCUGUGAUCUUUGAAAAUGUAAAUUUGUUCAACAGUUAAUUUAUGUAAAGACAUCUUUAAAAGUGCAAAUAUUGACUGUGCGUAUGGAUUGGGAGUUAAUUGAGAGGGCUUUAGUAAGGCCUGUGGAGUCAGUGUUGAAUGUCUGGUCUUGAUUGACAGCCCAGUCCAUGCUAUAAAGUGCCUAUAUGUCCUGGCAGUGGCCAAUUUGAUGCUUUAUAGUCAUAUUGGGACCUUUACAAUACAGAUUGUUUUACUCUUGGCAAGAUUUUAUUGGACCGAUUAUGUGAUUUGCUCCAAGUACUAAUCCUUUACCUACUGAUGUUGUCAGAAAACUGUUAGAGAUGACCCAAAAUAUUUAGCAGUUAAGUUUUGUAGACUUUAUUAUCACGAUAAAUGUGAAUUGUGUUCCGAUGUCAGACAGUGCGUGAAUGGAUAAGCUAUAUGUAUUCUAGUUUACAGAUCUAUUUGAAUUUUUUUUAUGGGAUUGUGUAUGUUUUUGUAGACAUUGUCAGCCUCAAAGCAUUCCUGGAUAGUCCUGCAUUUUAUCAUCAAAAUAGCCAUGACUACAGCUAAGUCAAAUUGUGGAUUUAAUUCAAAAUGUACAUGUUAGAUGUAGCUAAAUAUUGCAAGAAAUAUCAGGCAAGAUUCAUGUUCUUGAGUUUGUAGUUCAUGAAAGGGAAACAUAAUGACUAGGUAAUUUUAGGGUAAAGCAUCAUCCAUCAUUAUCACUGGCGAAGUUUUCUGAUUUUAUGAACUGCCAUGCCAGGAGCUUGUUAGUACCGGAGGACACUAGAUUUUUGUUUUGUUCUUCGUUUC